AUGCGCAAUGGUCAUCUUGUAUCCCGAGCGAGCGACUGGAUCAUGUACAGUGUUGAAGCCGCUGCCAUUGCCAAGGUGGUAGCCGAGUACGGCCCUUCAACCAAGCAGAAUGCCAUCGUUGGAGGUCAGACCUCGUGCAAGGACCCCGAGAUCAAGGCAUUCGAGCAGUACCUCCCCAGCGAUGUGGACAUUGUCUCGUGCCAUUCUCUCCAUGGCCCGAAUGUCGAUACCCGCGGACAGCCUCUCGUCCUCAUCAAGCACCGUGCCUCGGACGCCUCGUUCCAGAAGGUCGAGACCGUCCUGAGCUGCCUCGGCAGCAAGCACGUCUACCUCAGCGCCGCGCACCACGACCGCAUCACGGCCGACACGCAAGCCGUCACCCACGCCGCCUUCCUGUCCAUGGGCAAGGCCUGGCACGCGUCGGAGGAGUUCCCCUGGGAGGGCGCCCGCUACGUCGGCGGCAUCGAGAACGUCAAGAUCAACCUGAUGCUGCGCAUCUACUCGCAAAAGUGGCACGUCUACGCCGGGCUCGCGAUCCUGAACCCCGAGGCCCGCAAGCAGAUCGCCCAGUACGCGCGCUCGUCGACGGAGCUGUACAAGCUCAUGCUCGAGGGCCGCGCCGACGAGCUGCGGCGCCGCGUCUACGCCGCCAAGGAGCGCGUGUUCGGCGGCGCGGCCGAGGGCCAGCCGCCCAAGUGGGCCGACAAGCCGCUGCUGCGCGACGAGGUGCUCGACCGCUUCAGCCUCGGCCGCCGGCCCGACGCGCCCCUGCCCAACAACCACCUCGCGCUGCUGGCCAUGGUCGACUGCUGGAGCGCGCUGGGCACGGUCCCCUACGACCACAUGAUCUGCUCGACGCCGCUGUUCCGGCUGUGGCUCGGCGUCACCGAGAGCCUGUUCCGCAGCCCCGGCCGGCUCGACGAGGCGCUGCGCAUCGGCCUCGAGGACAACACCUUCCGGUCCGACGACCUCGAGUUCGUCUUCGCCGCGCGCGGCUGGGCCGAGUGCGUGUCCCUCGGCCACUUUGAGACGUGGAAGGAGCGGUUCGUCGUCACGCAGAAGUUCUUCGAGCCACGGUUCCCCGAGGCCAUCAAGGUGGGCAACGACAUGGUCAAGGCGGUGCUGGACAGCACGAGGGAUUGA